UUUCAACUCUCUUUCUCUUCUCCCAAUAUCGUACGUUUUUCAGAUCCCUCGCCGCCGAUUAUGUCUUCCUCCGGCACCUGCUCCACCGUCGAUCCCGCCGGCGCGGCCAAAGAGUUCAUGCUCUUCGGCGUCCGCGUCGUGGUUGACUCCAUGAGGAAGAGCGUCAGUCUCAACAACCUCUCCCAGUACGAGCAGCCUACCGAGGCCUCCAACAACAACAACAGCUCCGGCGCCGGCAGGGAUGACGCCGUCGCCGGCUACGCCUCCGAAAACGACGUCGUUCACAAUUCUGGCGUGAACCGCGAACGCAAGCGAGGCGUUCCGUGGACGGAGGAUGAGCACAAGCUAUUCCUGCUUGGAUUGCAGAAGGUAGGCAAAGGAGACUGGAGAGGGAUCUCAAGGACCUAUGUCAAGACUCGGACUCCGACUCAGGUGGCUAGCCAUGCUCAGAAGUACUUUCUCCGCCGGAGCAAUCACAGUCGCCGUCGCCGCAGAUCUAGCCUCUUUGAUAUCACCACUGAUUCGGUCCCUGCAAUUGCAAUGGAAGAAGAGCAAGUACAUCAUCAAGAUAUGUCAUCUCACUCGCACCAAUUGCCACCUCCACCGCAAUCUGAAUCUGCCAAUCCUAAUGGAUUUUCGAUGAUGCCAAUUUUUCCAAUGAGCGUAGGUCCAGCUGCCGUACAAGUUCCCACCAAGGAUCCAGCCGAGAAUCUAACACUGGGACAAGGAAAUCCAAGGGGUCCUUCCCUUAAGCUCGUCCAUCCAGUUGUGCAUUCAGCCCCUCGCGCCAGAGAAGCACCCGAUCUAAAUGUGAAUGCAACAGUUGACACAUCGCCUCUAGCUCUCAACCUCUCUUUGUCGAUGAACCCGAUGGAAUCAUCGUCAAGGCAUGCGGCUUUCAAAGCAACGUCUAGCUUCAGCAAUGGGGACAACAUCAUUAGUGUUGCUUGAAAAUGUUCUAUUUUGUGGAAUUGGUUUAUAAUUUAGGGCAUUUGGGAUUAGAGAUAAAAAGCCAUCCCAAGAUUGACAAGGUAAAUUAGGUGACUGAAUUUGUUCCUCUAGUUUGUUGUACAGACCCUCGAGAUAAUGCUAUGUUAUGUCCUCCUGUU